UCUCAAGAAGAAGGUAUCUCGCGAACGGAAAGGUAUCAAGAGCAUCGGAAGGGCAAAAUAUAAGAAACACGCGUACAAAACUUUAGUAAAAAAUGUUUCGAAAUAUUGGAAAAUUCGCUAUACAGAAAUUUCGCUCAAAUGUACUUUAUAAUCACAUGCGUUAUAAUCCAGCCGCAGUUCAAGCAUUAAGGUACUCAUCCAAAAAAGAGGAAACAGAUGAAGAAUUUGAUGCCCGGUAUGAAGCUUACUUUAAUAGACCAGAAAUUGAUGAAUGGGAAAUUCGUAAAGCCAUGAAUGAUCUGCAGGCAAUGGAUUUAGUUCCAGAACCUAAAAUCAUCAUAGCAGCCCUUAAAGCUUGUAGAAGAUUAAAUGAUUAUGCACUUGCUGUUAGAUUUUUAGAAGGUGUAAAGGAUAAAUGUGGAUCAAGAGUAAAGGAAAUCUACCCUUACAUUUUGCAAGAAAUUCGACCAACUUUGGAUGAUUUAGGCAUUUUGACCCCUGAAGAAAUGGGCUAUGAUAAGCCAGAAUUGUAUUGUCCUGAUGUGUUUGAAAAGCCUUUGUUUAGGAAAAAGGAGUGAAUUGUGUUGAUAAAAAUGCUAUAUGUAUGUAUAGAUUGCUUUAUCAAGUAGAAGCAAUGACUUAGGAAUAUGAAGCAAGAUUUAGGUUGAAAACUUUUACUAAAAGAAGGUUAUUCCAUUCACUAAAUUGAUUCAAUAUUUUUUUCCCAUUUUUGAUUUUCAUUUCAAGAUGUAUGAAUCAUUUUCAAUAAAUUGAGAAGACCAAAACUGUAUAUAUCAAAAUUGUUUUUCUUGAAUAUGUGCAUACGAAUACUUGAUCCCUUUAGAGAAAGGAUAAUGUGACAGUUAUUUCCAGUAUAAUAUAAAAUAUAAAGGGUUUCUCAGAAUUGCACCUACAGAUAUAGAGAGCACGAGGAUAUGAAAGGAACACUAUCACUUAAGUUUACCACUGUGGUGCAGAGACUAAUGGAAAGUGCUAAGAAAACACAAGUUAAAGAAAUAACAUAGGUCAGACAGUAGUGGGACAAUUUUUAACUUAAUAGAACAGUUUAAUGUAAAUGUUGAAUAUAGAGAUGACAUCAAUGUUCAAAAUUAGCAGCAAUAUAUGCUUCAUAUAAACAUCACAUUGACUACCAGACAUGGUUGAACUGUCUAAUUUCAUAUAGUAGCAAAAGCAGUAUUAAUUCUGGCCAUGAGUACCACAUCAGAGUUACUGGGCGUUUCAUACAUCAUUCCUUUAAGUCACUCACGAAAAGAAAUCUGUUUUCCAAAUAAACCUGAUGAAUUACAAUGCCCAGCCAUCAAGGGCCAAAAGACCUGCAUGUGGUAACAACACAACUGUCAUAAUAGGCUGUAGCACUGUUAGUAGUGCAGACAUUGGCUAAUAUGCCCAGCAGAAAUUUUUUGAAGAUCCGAUGGAAAUCUACAUGGUAUGGUAACCGAUAUGACACAACUAAUUAAUCACUUACCAUGCCUGCCAGACAUUAGUCAAAAAGCAUUUUGUGCUACACAGUUCGUGUUCUUUUAAAUUCACAUAGCAUUGUGCUGAUAAAAAUAAAUAUUAUUUGAGUCCAGCUUGCACUGAUCUGCUGUAUCUGUAUGUCCCAUAAUUACACAAAUUUUGAUACAAAUUCAUAAACAUGUGUUCAAGUACAUAUCUGUUUGGUUAUCUUUUUUAAUACAGCACUUCUGCAAUAUGUCUGUUACCUCAAGCUAAGAAAUACAUCAGGUGCAUGUCUGCCUUCUCCACAUCUGCAAACUGAUACUACCACAGUCGACAAACUUUAAUGAAGAAACGACAGAUUGUUUCUAUGGAGCUUUAGUGAACAGUCCACUUGCUACAUUUUGAUAGCAUAUCUAUUUAUGUGUUUCUGAAUUCUCUAUUUGCUCUCAGAAUUUGUAGGUGUUAUUUUGAAAUAUCUUAUAUUAUAUUACAUAUUAAAUUAUCAGAGUAAGGUAAUAUAUUAUUAAUAAAAUGUAUUUACUUCUACCUAUGUAAAUAUUAAAUGAAUCUGUUGCAUGCAGUCUUUCACUUUAUUACAUUAUAGUGUGUUACUCAUAAAUUAGAAGUUGUUACAUAUUGUCAUUAUAUUAACUUGAAAUUUUGAAUCUAAUUAUAUUACCAGUAAAGUACAACUAUAUAUAGGAUCGUUUUCUUUUAUGUUAAACAAAAUCCUAAUCAUUUAACGGACUGAGCUAUAUGUAAAAGCAA